AUUUCAGUGGAACAGUUAGAAGAAACUGAAUUUGGAAGCCUGGUUGGACAGGGCUCACAAGAAUAAGAACUGAGGACACAAACCUAUGAUCCUAUCAUGUCUGAAUCACUAAGUGAAAUUUCUAGCAAUCUGGACACUCUGGAGGCCAGCGAUGAGGGAAAGAAGAAAUCCAAAUUAAAAUCCUUGAAGAGCCUUUUUGUCAAGAAGAAGAGAAAAGAGACUGAAGAUCCUGAGGAACACAGGAUGUUAAGGCCAAGCUUCUCCAGCAGCAGUCUCACCAUCUCUUCUCUGGAACUAAUCCAGGAAGGUGAAUCAACUGUCGCUAGAAGCAAGAGCAGCAUGGGGAACAAAGCCCUAUCCCAUGAGAGCAUCUUCAUGUCAGAUACUGAGCUUGAAAUUUCAGCAAGUGAAAUAAGCUCUUCUAGAAAGUUCCGAAGAAGCAAAACUCUGCGGCGAUCUAAGGCUUUCAAAAUUCUGACUAGAAGCAGAGCUGUGUCUGGAUCUACACCUCGAUAUGUGCCCAGAAGCGGAGUCUGGGUUGCAGAUUCCAAGAUCACUGAGAUCCCACCACUGCAUCCAUGCCAACGCAGCCUCAGCCCACCUCUUAUCCAAUCUGACAAAAUUUCUAAGGAAUUUGAAGAGUUCUCUGUUGAUGAUGAGUUACCUGACAGCCAAGAAAUGAAGGUUUCGUCACACAAGCUCUUGACAGCAAAGAAGAGUUUCUCUGAAUCAUCAUCUGGAUCUGAUCACUCACAGCCUUCAACUGAGUGUGCCUCUGCCAGCAGUGACCAGCAGCUGGCUGGUUUCAGCACCCAAGCCACCAGCCAGAGCUGCUUGGACUCUUCAACUGCUCAACGCAAGAUGGCUUUAAACUCCCAGAAACAACAAAAGAAAAGUCUUCAAGCCACUGUGGAAGCAAAUCAGGAGGAGCCAAACCUUUCAGUGGUUUCUGAAGGAGCAAAGAGUCCAACCAAAGUCAAAGAAAUUAGCCCGAAGAAGGUGAAAAUAGAAAGUGAAGACCCCUCAGACCGGGAACAGAUUGACCAUACCAGAAUUUACCAUCAACAGGAAACAGAUAAGCCUAAAAACGCUAAUGCUGCUGGAAACCUGAGAAACCCAGCGUCAGCGGCACACGGCAGAAGACGUAAAAGAACAGGAACAUGUGCUUCAGCAACAAAUCAACAUGGACUUAAAGGAAGAAGCUUUAUACAAUUCAGUAAAAUUCAUGGCCUAGACAACAGAGCCAUGUCCUCAUCCACCAAUAAGACUGCCAGGGGUGGCCCUUCCUGGCACCUGCCCUCAGAAAAGCAAGCUGUGGAGCACCCGGCAACUUUACAAGCAGAAAUCACUACCCCUCUGGAGAUGCUUUCAGAUAAAAGUGAUGUGAGCAAAGAUGCUAGUGUAGAUUUUGAAGCCAAAAAAGCAUUAGCACCACAGCUCAUACCUGAACACACGCAAAAGUCUAUGGUUAGUGGCCCACAACCAAACCAUGAAGAUGGGGCUACUGUAACUGAAAAGAUAGAACCCAGAAGUCUUUUGCCAAUGGUGGGAAGUCCUUCCAGAACCCAAAAGAAGGCCUUUCAUUUAGUGACAACAGAGGCUCAGGUGCUUAGGGAUCCUUCUCCUGGCCAGUCAGAAGAGGAAGAAGCUUCCCACCUUGGUUUGCAAAAUGACCACUCUGAAACAGAGAAUGUCCCAACUAUCUGCAAAGAAAAGCCUCCAGGAAAUGUUCUCCAGGACUGCACAGUGAGCUUUUCAGGUACGACAAAUGCCACAGCAAAGGAGGGAGGCAUUUCUAUGGAGAAGCCUAAAACUGAAAAUGUCUCUCCAGAUUCAAAGGGUGCAUUAGAGAAAGGGAGUGAUUCUGAGAAGCAGCCAGGCACUGAGCAUUCUUUCCAGUCCUUGAAGAAACCUAAAGACAAACAAGCAGUCUUCCAAGAAUCCAAAAAUUUAGUUGUGGAAUUGAGCGGUGUGGAGCAGCAGCGGUCUCUUGGAUAUUCUUCCCAGGUCUUAAGAAAGCCUGAAGCUGAAAAAGGCUCUUCAGAGUCAGAGAGUACUUCUAAUAGGAAGAGUGGUUCAAAGGAAGUGCAUCCUGCUCACGCUUCCCAGUCCUCAGGGAAGCAUAAAGGAAUCUUCUCAGAAUCAAAUAGUUUUGUUGCAGAGCAGCUGGCUCCCAAAUGUCCCUCCGAAGCAGUACUGGAGCCUGAGAAUAAAGAAAUCUCCACAGAGUCAAAUAGUUAUGUUAAAAAGUACAACAGUGCUGAGGUCUGGCACAGCUCAGAGGAAGGCCUACCUCUCAGAUCCCCUAACCAGGCCUUGAAAAAAUCUGAAGAUGAGCAAGAUGUGCCCUCAGUUCCAGAGAAUGCUUGGAAAGAGCGGAUGCUUUCCAAAUGCCCUACUCAGUCCGUUGUGAGGCCUAUUGUUCAGCAGCACAUCUCCUCCAGUUCAGUGAGUGUUUGUGCAAGACAGCAUGGUUCUGUGGAGCCAGUGACUCCCAGCCACCGUUUCCAGCCAUGGGUAAAAUCUAAACUUGUGCGAUUUGUCUCUGCAGGUCAAGACAGUGCUGUGGAGUGGGGCAGUUUUACAGAACCACUGCCUCACAAAAAGACUUCAAACUACCUAAUGAAUCCUAAAGUUGAGCAAAAAUCCCCCUCGGGUCCAAAAAUUACAUCUGUGAAAGAAGUUUCUAUGGAAGUGUUGCCUUCCAGAUAUUCUCAGCCCCCGACAAGAGCAAUAGUUGAGCAAGAAGCCUCUGAAUAUCCAGAUAGCACUCAUGUUGAGCGGAGAAUUUUUGUGGCCCCGAGGCAUCCCUCACACCCUUUCCAGCCAUGGAUGAGCCCUCAAGUAGAAAAACAAGUUUUCUCAUCUCCAGAAAAGGGGGGCAUUUUUGUGAAGCCACUGCCUGCUGGACAUCUUCCUCAGCCCUCGAAGAGCCGUGCAGUCCAACAAAGCAUGUCAUUAGGUUCAGAGAGUGUUGCUGCUGACGCCAUUUCUGUGAAGCCACGGUACAGCAAAUACUCUCUCCCAAGUCCUCAAACCCAACCAGUCUGCUCAGAAAACACUGCUGUCGAACAGGGCACUUUUGUGGAGCAACUGCCUCGUGGACACCAUUGUCAGCCUUUGGUGAAGCCUAAAUUCCAGCCACAGAUGAGCCUAGACUCAGCAAGCACGUCUGCACAAUGGGGCAGUGUUGUGGAGGCACUGGCUGCUAGACACACCCGCAAGAUAUGGAUGUGCUCUGAAUGUAAGCAGCAAGUUUCUGUGGGUCCAGAGAGCACUCAUGAUGAGUGGUGCAUUUCUAAGGAGUCAAUGCUGCCCAGACACCCUGGGCAGCCAUGGCUGAAACCUACAUUUGAGCAAGUCUCUGCAGGUCUAGAGAAUGCUGCUACUGAGUGGAACAUUCCUAUGGAUCCACAGCCUCCCAGAGUGCCUUCUCGGCCCCUAAGGAAGUCACAAGUCAAGCAACCAGUCUUCACAGGCUCAGUGAGUACUUCUGGACCACGGACCAGUUCUGUGGAGCAAAUGCCUCCCAAGCACCUUUUCCAGCCAUGGGUGAGCUCUACACUUCAGCCACAAGUCUCUGUAGGUCUGGAGACCACUGCAACUGAGGGGAGCAUUUCGAAGGACUUGAAGCCUUCUACAUACUAUUCUCAGUCUCUGACGAGACCAACAAUCAAGCAAGAAGUCUCAGAUUCAAUGAGUGCUUCUGAAGAACGCAGUGCUGCUGUGGGACCAAUCUUGUCAAGACACACUUUCCAGUCACGGGCAAACCCUAAACUUGAGCAACAAGGUUCUGCGGGUCCAGAGAGUGUUGCUAUCGAAAAGGACAUUCGUAGGGAGCUUCCCAAGGAUCUUUCCCAGAGCACUACGAGACAGAAAGUCCAGAAAAUGACCUCAGGUUUUGAGACUGCUAUUGUUGAGGGAGUCAAGGUGACCCCUUCCGAGGGGUCACUGUCUCCUGAACAUUCGACCUAUUUGUUAGUGAGGUCUAAAGUUCAGAAAAUAUCCUCCACCCCAGAGAAUACUGCUACUGAGGCAAACAUUUCUAAGAAAUUGCUGCGUCCCAAGAGUCCUUCCAACUCAUUCGUGAAGUUCAUGGCACAGCAAAUCUUUUCAGAAAACCCUGAUAUGCAGAAGGAAAUUUAUGUGGAUCCUCGGUCUCCAAAUCUUCCUUCCAAAUCUUUGUUGAAGGCUGAAAUUGAGCACCAAAUUUUCUCAGAUUGGGAGAAUGCUGACACUGAGGAAGGCAUUUCUUUAAAGCAUGCUUCAAAGUCCUUGGGGAGGUCUGCAGAUCCACAAGAAGGUCUGUUAUUUUCAGAGAGGGCGCCUUGGAAAUGGAGCCAUUCUAAAUGCCAGAUACCUUCCAGAAAAGCGUCGGGGAAGCUUAAGUACCAGGAAGAAGUCCUCUCAGUUCCUGAUAGCUCUUCUGAAGAGUGGAGGAAUUCUGAAGAGCAGUUGCCUUCCAGACACCCUUCCAAAGCCUUGCCUGGGCCUGAAUUCCUGCCACCAACAGGCUUAGAGAGUGACCCUGUGGAGUGCAGCACUCUGGAGGAGCACCGACCUCACCCUUCCCAAGCUUUUGGAAAUGCUGAGAAUCAGCAGUCGGUUCAUUCAAGUUCCAAGAGUGCUGCUGCUGAGGGAAUCAUUUCUGAGGACAAUCCUGGAGCCUACUCUAAAGGCCGACUUUCUUCAAAGAGAAGCAAGAGACUCAGCCAAAGCUCUGAAGAUUUCACUAAGAGCAUCCUGACCUCAGCAACUAAUCCAGGGAAGGUUAUCAGUGCUCCUACCUGGAAAGUACCCAUUUCUGAGGAUACUUACCAUAAGGAGGAAAUUCGUCAGAGUGAUGAUAAUGAUGGUUACUCAUAUUUAUUCACCAAGGAAGCUAAUGUUGAAAAUCUUUCUGGAGCCCGACUGAAAAGACCGUCUUCUUCACGCAAGUAUAGGAGUGAGAAACCAAACAGCUUCACCCAGCUUCCUUCCUUCCCAAUUUCAUCCGGUAGAGGCAGAGAACAUCAAAUGAGAAGAAGUGUUUCCCAGGAGUUCCCAAAUACCACAGACAGCCUCACCACACCGUCUACCUUUGUGGAGAAACAUCAGAGCAGAGCCAGAUAUGAAGGUAUGGCCAAGAAGCAUCCAAUUUACAACACCCCAGGAAAAUCUCGUCGGCAAUCAGAUUCUUACACCUCAGAUCCAGCUUGGUUUACUAUGACAAGGCAGGACCGUAAGGGCUCCCAGAUCUACAUUCCUGCAAAAGAGACCAAAACCAAGAGCACAGCUGGAGCCAAAACUGAUACCAAGGAGCCUAGACGUGGCAUAAGACCUGAGACAGCCCAGAAAACAUUCCAAAAGGGAGCUGGACUUGCAAGUGAAAAACAACCAAAAAAGAUUCUCAUUUCCAUUAUCCACAGACAGGAGAAGAAGGCACAGAUAAAGCCCUCUAAGUCUACCACAUCAGUUGUAUUUGAAGAUCAGAAGAUGCUUCGCACAUCUGGCACGGGAAAAGAAAUGAAACGAUCUUUAAGUCUUCCAUCUGGGCUCCAAAACCCAGAUGAGCUGGUUAAGUCGAAUGACCCCACUGAGCCUGUCUGGUUCUCCAUUGCCAAGAAGAAAGCCAAAGCGUGGAGCCACAUAGCAGAUACCAUGAAAUAAAUAGUUCCUUGGUGGAGCAUCAGCAUUUUAAAUGACAAUUGCUAAUAGCUAUAGCAAUUCUACGCAAUGAUUACAUUAAGCAAAAAAGCUUUAUAAGUGAGAAUUAAAUUUUUAAUUAUUUAAUGAAUAUUAUUAAUGCUUAACCUUCCAUAUAGUCACUGCCAGCAUCCUGAAAACUAGCAUUUUCUCUAUAAAAACUGUGGAAAUAUUUGCACUGCUGUAGAAUUUUGAAAUCUUUUAACUUUGGUCAAUGUGCCUUAGAAGGAAGAAAGUAAAAACAUUUUGUUGGAGUAACUAAAAGAUUGUGUUUCCCUCAUCUACAUAAAGUAAUUCUCAUGGAAAUUUUCAGAUAAUUUAGCCUAGAGAUUGGAUUAUAGGUUUUAGGAACCUAGAUAAAUGCGUACCUAUUUGGCUGCUGCUCUAAGCUUUGCAAAGGCUUCUAGAAGAUAUGGUGGAAGUGAAAAUUCUGGGUUUCAAAGGAAAUUUUUACAUAGCCAGGCCCCUAAUCAGCCCACUACCCAUUGAAGCCCUUUCCCAUGUGUCCUGGGCUCCCCUAACGAUAGUGGGUGCUAGUAACACACAGAGCACUUCUAUCAAGUUCCCUCCCUUUUUGCACCUGGCAGGCCUGGCACCAGUGGGUGGCCCCCUAGCAGGCAGAACAUUUCUUGAAGAUUAUUCUACUCCUCUGGAUGAUUAGUCUAUCAAUGUCUGAUCCUUUGUCCCAACACUACUAGGGACCCUCUCUAAUUUCUCAGAAAAGUAAAUGUGCUUCCAAUCAUACACAUGCUGCUGUUUAAGCACCUACUUCCCUGUCAAAAGUCAACCUUUCACAGAUGUCAAAAGCUGUACUUUCCAUCAGGCAGAGGACAAGCUGACCGCCCUGAGUUUGGAGGCCCUGGGAGGUCCCUUCUCCUCUGGCUCUGGCCUUGACAUGGACAACUCCAUGUAGAUCAACUUCCCAUCCAUCCCUUCUCCUCAGUGUCUGUGCUUCACAAGGGUUUAGCCCAAGGCAAGUCCUCCAUGCUAAAUCCACAGAGACGUGAGCUGGAAGCCUCAAGCGAUGAAACCAGCCUCUCCCCACCCUCACUCCUAGAGGCGCACUCCUCAAAAGAUACUAGGCGCCCACCUCCCCAGUAAUCCCUCCACCCUCACCCAUGAGGACGAGAGGAGGCUGAAAGGCCAGAGCGGGGAGGGAGAGUCGGGAGGAGGAGGCUGCCCUUUCUAGGAGGAGGGGCAAUAGCCAAACACACUUUGACUCCUCCUUUCCCUUUGGCAACCAUUUUGCCCUUGAGGCACAGCUUCCACGAAGCACCCCCAGGGAGAGGAGAAAAGAUGAGGGCCUCCUCUCCUAGAGUCGGCUCCUCGACUGGUUUGCUUUUCAAGGCGCACACCCUCUAGUGUCCCAUGCGGGCUCUCUGGAAGCUAGACAAUCUUCCUUUCCCUGUGCUUCCCUUUAUUCCACCCCAAGCCCACCAAGCACUAAGGGAGAGCGCCCUUUAGAUACACGGGCAGCAAACCUAGCUCAUUUCCCUGCAGGCACAGAACUGACUUCUCAGGAUAGCUAUCACCAUAUCUGCCUGUCACGCUGGGGCUACUUCGUUUAAACGAAAGUUCAGGCCUGACCUUGUAAUUGUGCCCUUAUAUUCUGAGUGGGAUACUACCUGGUGCAAAAAAAAGUCUAGGGAGACAGUGAAAUCUCAGAGUUAAUUUAAAUACUUGGUGCUGGUUUUUGCUGAUGAUGGUAUAAUGUGACACUGUACAACCUAAUGUGGGAUUGUGUGUUUUCUCUAUAAAACAUCUAUUUUUCCUGAUAUUGUAUCUUUACCUUUUUGAUAAUGCUAGGUUUUUGAAUAACUGGAGUUUUCCUCCCUUUUUAUUCCCAUAGUGAGUAGUUCAUUUAUAUAGAUGCUCUUUACUCAGAUAUCCUGGUACUUUCUCAGGAGUGGACCGCUUUUAGGUUAUUCUCACUCUGAGAAUUCCAUUAAUGGUUUCUUUGCCACUGUUAAAGCUGUGUUCUUAAAUGAAGAGGUUUUUUUUAAUGUAUAGGGGCACAUUCUGGUAGAUUUUCAGUUUCUUUUAGCUUUCUUGAUUUUUGAUAUAUGCAAAGCAAAUAAAUUCAAUAA